GGUUAUAUACCUACUAAGUCUGUGGAGGUUAUAAAUAAAAUAAUUAACCGUUGUAGUUGUAAAUAACUGCUCACUUUCCUCUUUUAUAUGUAUUUAUUGUUGGCAGAAAAAUGAGUGAUUGUAAAAAAUGUGGAACUAUUCCUGGAACAAUACUACUAAGACAAAAAGAUUUAUAUUGCACAAAUUGCUUUCUCGCCAAUGUUAAUCAUAAAUUUCGUGCAUGUAUUGGAAAAAAUAGAAUUUUGAGCCACAAAAAACAAAUUGAAAAUGUGUUAAUUUGUUUAUCUGGAGGACCCGGAUCCGCUGUUAUGUCGGAUUUAGUCUGUAAUGCAGUUACUUUAAAUAAUCACAAAAAAUUAGGGCUUACGCCAAUAUUUUUUCACAUAAUCUCAAGUUCAGAUGACAUGAAUGUAGCUCGAUCAAUUAUUACAGCAUGUAAUAAAAAGAAGCAUGAUAUUUAUCUGUGUCAUAUUUCAGAAUACUUAUUGGCAAAAAAAAACAAGCCAAUAAUGAAUGACAUACCUAUUAUAAAUAAGGAGGCAGAUACAAAAUUCAGAAAUCUUUUAAAUGAUAUGUCAAGCUCGACUAAAAAUGAUUACUUAAUUAAAAUAAAACGAGAAUUGUUCAUCUGGUAUGCUAAGGAGUUAUUAUGCAAUAUUAUUUUCACAGCUGAGACAUCAUCAACACUGGCUGUAAAUUUAAUUUCUAAUUUGAGUUUAGGACGAGGUUCUCAAGUUCAACAUGAUAUUGGCUUUUGUGACAGCAGGAAUGAUAUUAAAAUAUUAAGACCAUUAAAAGAAAUUACAUUUGAAGAGCUUCAGCACUAUAUAAACAUUAACAAACUAGAACUACUUAAAGAAAAAGCAGUACAUGGAAAUAGUUUACAGUCAGUGAUCAAACUGUUUGUUCAUGAUUUACAAGAUAAUUAUCAAUCAACCAUUUCAACGAUAUGUAAAACUGCUGAAAAGAUUGGUAUUCAAGAUGACAAUAAUCAUACAAAUAAAUGCUCAAUGUGUGAGAGUUGUCUCAGUGACACUGAAUAUAAUUUGUCUGCAUUAGAAGCCACUAAUUAUUCAAGAACAGUAUCAAUUGAUCAAGAAAAAGCAAAAUGUUUAAAUAACCCUAUAGAUCAACACUCCAUGUUUCCACAUGUUAAAAAAUAUCUCUGCUAUACCUGUAGUAAAAACUAUUUGGAAAUAGAUCCAGCUACUUUGCCAGUGCAUUUUAAGCAUUUGACAUGAAUAGAAGUAACGAGAAAUAAAAUGAGGU